CUCCAAACACACCCCAAAAAAAAAAAAAAAAAAAACAUUGCCCAACAUUUUAUCUUGGCUCAACUUAUCACCUACUAGUACUGAAAGAAUCAACUGAUCAUCCAUCAGCUUUCUUCCUUUUGAUCUGAUCAGCAAUGGCCUCUACCAAGUUAGGGGCUGCUGUUACCUGCUGCCGGCUCUUCGCCGUGCCCAACCGGAAACCUGCAGUUUCUUUACCUUCGACUUCACUCCAUUCAGCAUCCCCUUCGAGGGCUCACGGAAGAGCACACUUCUGGGUUCGCCGGCGCCCUCUUCUCGUGCUCCCCGCUAAGGCCACUGCCGAUCAACAAGGUAAGGUAGAAGGAGGUGGUUCCGAAGUAGUCGAUAGUAAUGUUCUGCCUUACUGCAGUAUAGACAAUAAGGAGAAGAAGUCCUUGGGAGAACUCGAGCAGGAGUUCCUUCAAGCAAUGCAGGCAUUCUAUUACGAGGGCAGGGCUAUUAUGUCGAAUGAAGAGUUCGAUAAUCUCAAGGAAGAGCUAAUGUGGGAAGGAAGCAGCGUGGUCAUGCUAAGUUCCGAUGAACAGAGGUUUCUAGAAGCUUCGAUGGCAUACGUGGCCGGGAAACCGAUCAUGAACGACCAAGAGUACGAUGAGCUGAAACAGAGACUAAAGGCCGAGGGUAGCGAAAUUGUUGUCGAGGGCCCGAGGUGCAGUCUCCGGAGUAGGAAGGUUUACAGCGAUCUGUCCGUGGACUACUUCAAGAUGUUCUUGUUGAAUGUCCCGGCUUCUGUUAUAGCUUUAGGACUCUUCUUUUUCCUCGAUGAUCUGACUGGGUUCGAGAUCACGUACCUUCUGGAGCUGCCGGAACCAUUUAGUUUCAUUUUCACGUGGUUCGCUGCAGUUCCGCUCAUUGUUUGGUUGGCCCAAUCGCUUACCAAUGCCAUUGUCAAAGAUUUUCUCAUCUUGAAGGGCCCGUGCCCAAACUGUGGAACUGAGAACGUCUCAUUCUUUGGCACCAUAUUGUCGAUCUCUAGUGGCGGGAACACCAACAAGCUCAAAUGUUCAAACUGUGAAACUGAGUUGGUAUACGACUCAAAAAUGCGGUUAAUUACAUUACCUGAAGGAAGCGAAGCUUGAUUGGAAGUUCAUGAUUAGGAUGCAGGAAUCCUAUUAGAAGAAGAUGAUCUUGCUCCAAAAUAUGAAGACAGCGGUUUUAUCUGGUCAUCAUGCGCAUAUAGCAAGACCACACGAUACCUCGUAUGCUCGGGUUGAUCGAUGGAAUGAAGAGGAACAUCUGUUUGUGUGUGAUAACUAUCAACUGUAACUCACCUGUUAAUAUUGAUAUAUUGUUAGCUUGUAUGUAUAUGUGUCUCAAAAUACAAUACAGGCUUGUGAAUUAUGAGAGAACAGUUCGAACAUUGUAGUUGAUGAGAAACCAGUACUUAAAAACCUUUUAAAUCCUCCA